CAUAAAAAUAAGAAGUGCGGGAGCUCUGGCCUUUCACACAUCUGCUUUUUCUCCCUUCCUUACAACAUCAACACGUUCCCACCUUCCCUCCGUCCCCUCUUCGUCUUCUCUCAAGUUCAUCUCGCUACUGUCGAAAAGACAACAGCAGAAUGACAAAGUCCAUGAGGAUCGAGCUCGAGGGCGGGUUCAUCGGCCAAAGCAGCGACCCCAAGGCGAAGAGGCUCAUGUUCCCCUGGACAGGAACGCAGGGGCCUAUCAUCAACGGAAAGCUUAUUGUCAAUCAUCGCGACGACCUCACAUUCAAGGCGCUUACCCUGACCUUUACGGCAAAGAUAUCAUGCAGUUGGUCCGAACAUCGACUGGGCUCGACUGUACAUUACUCCGCCAAAAAACCUCUCCUGGAAAAGAAUUGGGUAUUCCUAGCAAAGUCGGACGCAAAACUCCACCUGCUCCACGCAAACCAGACUUAUACCUACGACUUCCAGCUGGCGCUACCGGUCAAUCUGCCCAAUUCGUUAUCCAUGAGCACAGGGAAAACAGAGUAUUUGUUCACAGCCAACUGCAAACGUUCCGCCUUUCAAACGGAUCUCUACGCGGAUCAACUGGUCGAGAUCUACCAGUCCUUACCAUCUGCACAUCCACACUGUAUCUAUCCACUCCACCAGACCGCCGACUUUGAAAAUGCGUUGAAUUACUUGGUCCAGAUCCCUCGAAAAGCAUUCCAUCAUGGAGCCGUAAUCCCCAUCACGGUCAGGAUAAACCCUCUCCCGGGCACUGGAGCACGGUGGCGUGUACUCAGUAUGGACAUGAAGAUCAAGGAGUACUUUUGGUUCAUUUCGCCAGGCAAGGGCAUGAAGCACGAGAAGAGAACGCUGGUCGAGUCUUCGCAGGGGAGCGGUAGUUGGCCCGUACAGACAAGCCCUGUGGAGCGGACACUUUCGAUCAGCGUGCCGGCAUACAACGUGAUGUCAACAGUCGAUACGGAAGUCAUCAAGUGUACUCACAGGCUGAAGGUUCUGCUCACGAUCGACAUUAACGGAUCGUCUAAGAAGAUCGCGGUAGACUUCGAUAUCUAUAUUCCAGGACCAUUCCCACCAGGACAAGGACCGGUUGGUGCGACCCCUCAGCAGCAGCCGCAACCACAACUGCAGUAUCAGCAGGUACCGAUACAGCCGUAUGUUCAAACACAGGCUCAGCAUCAGAUUUUACAGCAGCAACCAGUGAUUCAGGGGGUUCCGUACCCGUCCCAACCACAACCACAAUCGCAGCCGCCCCAGCCUCAGCAGCAGCAAUAUCAUCAUAUGCAGCCAGCGGCGCAACAACAUCCGCCACUACCCGUCUCCACGCAGCAGCAAUACUCAGCACAGCCCUAUCCAAUGCCUUUACAGACUUCCAUCAUAACUUCCGCUAGCUACCCUCUCUCGGCCCAAACACCCACGACGGUUUUUGCACAGACAUCACCCUUGUCUCCUCAGACAUCGCAUCAUACCCAACAGACCUCCUUCCCAGCCCCACCAGCGCCAUUACCAGCUACUCCAGGCAGCACACCAGGCAUGUCCGCCGCUACGGCAGCGUCUCAUCCAUACAGUCAAGGAUAUCCUACGCCAACAGCGUCUCACACUUAUCCCGUCGCCACAUCAUCACAGGGAUAUCCGACUCCAAAGUUGCCGUCUAUGCCUUCACCAACAGUUCCAACUUAUCCCUUGCCACCUUCGCCCGUUCCAGGUUAUGUACCAUCCCACUCUACAGCAGCACCACCUUCUGGGCCAACAUGCGUGGCUAUGUCAGUGCCUCCGCCUACGCUGGCUGCGGCACACACCACGGCUGCUGACGGUUCAUUUUCCUCUCCGGGAGCACAUCCUGGAACACCUGUGAUGGCCUACCAGCAUCAGCACUAUCAGGCUGCAACACCUAAGUUUAAUUCUCCGAAGGUGUUAGGUAAUGGCCCACCGCCGCUUCAGGUGGACGAUACGAUCAAGGUGUCUGUCCCCAAUAUUGAUGACUCCAUCAAAGUGAAUCUGGACGACAUCAAGAUUCCUUCGACGCCUUCUACCCCUGCCACACUAGCGGCUUCGAGCCAUUCAAAAAAUCCGCAGCUGAGACUUUCGGCCCAUGGAGGGUCGGCAGGGGAGAUUCAGCAGCAAAAGCACAGUAGUGAUGCCUUUCUAUCGUUUUCAGCAGUGCCCACACAACCACAUGCACCACAUGCGAUCAAACCCGAAGAAACGGAUGAUAGCCAGUUCUCUUAUAAACCCCCACCACCGUCUCUGUCGACUGCAACGGUAACCACAACAGUAACCGUACCAGCAACUAGGCCAGCAGCUACAACAGCAGGAACAAGUUCGACAGUAAAUUCUGCAUCGACAGUGAAUAUAGUGUCAACCUCCGCGGCAUCGCCAAACCAUAACUCGAAUCCGUAUGCUGUUGCAGCAGCAGCUGCUGCAGCGACGAGUCAACAGCAUGAUUUAUCUCACCAAUUCAGCCAAAUGGGUUUUACUGCUCUUCCCCCUCCUUCCACCCCAACGUUUUCAUCUGCAGCAUCUCCCACUCCAAGCUAUACACAACCACCGUCACCAUCGGUUCGUCCUGGUAUUUCAUCACAAGUCAGCAUGUCUUCGUAUCCUAACCAGUUAUCACCAGUGUCGGCAGCAGCGACGGGAGCAGUUGUUGCGAGCCAGCAGUACCAGCAACAGCAGCAGGUACCGCCACCACCAUCUACACCAACAUCAUACCAUCCUUCAAUGCCCUCCAUGCUCCAAUCUCAAGGACAGCCGCAGCCGCAGCCGAUGUACCAUCAACAACAACAACAACAACAACACCUACAACAGCUACAGCGGCCACGGCCGCCUCCAAAGCAGCAGGUCUGGAUCCCAGUGUACCAGACACUGAAUGGCAAGACAUACGUACAAUACAAGCCAGGCGCAUGAAGGGAGCUUGGCGCCAAGACACCUUCUACAUUCCUUUCCUUCGUCGUCAAACAGACUAGACAAAUUCGUUUCUUUUAUAAUCAAACCCUCAGCGUCUGGUAAGCAAAAAACAAACAAACUAGCAACUAAAAAGGAGAAACCCCAGCGGAAGUGAUGGACCACAACAGCUGUGGCAGAUGCAUGGAAAUGAUUCUAUUGGUUUUGUUUGAAAACAGAAAGAACAAAGGAGGACCAAAAAGGAGAAAACCCAAAGACCCUUGCGGGUUCAAAAAAUGACGUUCUGACACCAACUAG